GUUUCUGGUAAUGAAAAAUCAGAAAGGCAACAUCUAAUCUGAAGUUCUUGAAGACAAGAUCGAUGGAGAGCCCAACCAACCAGACAAUUCCCCUUCUCACUCCAUUCUCAAUGAAAAACUUCAAUCUUACUCACAGAAUAGUUAUGGCGCCGAUGGCGAGAAUGAGAUCAUACGGUAACGUUCCACAACCUCACGUCGCCUUGUAUUACUCUCAAAGAACAACUCCGGGAGGUCUUCUCAUCAGCGAAGCCACCGGAGUUUCCGAAACCGCCAUGGCGUAUCAAAACAUGCCAGGGAUAUGGAGGAAAGAACAAAUCGAAGCAUGGAAGCCCAUCGUCGACGCCGUUCACUCUCACGGCGGCGUCUUCAUCUGCCAACUCUGGCACGCUGGUCGCGUUUCUCAUCGAGAUUGUCAGCCAAAUGGAGAAGCUCCGGUCUCUUCUACAGAUAAGCCAUUCGUCGAGGAUCCAUCGAAUGAGUUCACUCCUCCGAGAAGGCUAAGAACUGACGAAAUCCCGACAAUUGUCAAUGAUUUUCGUCUCGCUGCAAGAAACGCAAUCGAAGCUGGUUUCGACGGAGUGGAGAUCCAUGGAGCUCACGGGUACUUGCUCGACCAAUUUAUGAAAGACUCUGUUAACGAUCGAACCGAUAGUUUCGGCGGAUCUCUAGAGAAUCGAUGCAGAUUCGCUUUACAAGUUAUAGAAGCGGUGUCGAACGAGAUCGGACCUGAUCGCGUAGGAAUCAGACUCUCUCCGUUCGCUAAUUACAUGGAAUCAGGAGAUUCAGACCCUCAAAAAUUAGGGCUUUACAUGGCAAAGUCUCUGAACAGAUUCGAGAUACUCUACUGUCACAUGGUUGAGCCUAGAAUGAAAACAGCCAGUGAGAUUUUCGAGUGCACGGACUCACUUACGCCGAUGAGAAAGGCGUUUAAUGGAGCGUUCAUUGUCGCCGGAGGUUAUACAAGAGAAGAUGGGAACAAGGCGGUGGCAGAGGGAAGAACAGAUCUUGUGGCGUACGGAAGAUUGUUCUUGGCUAAUCCGGAUUUACCUAGAAGAUUCGAGCUCGAUGCCCCGCUGAAUAAGUACGACAGACCAAGUUUCUAUAGUUCUGAUCCUGUCGUUGGUUACACUGAUUACCCUUUUCUCGACACUACAGAUCAAUAAAAUCGUGUCUUGUUCAUUCUCUUUUCAGUUCAAUAGUUAUGUCUACUACUUUAAGACCAUU